AAGUCCUGAGAGAUCCUUAACACAAACUGAGAAGAACAAGCGAGUUAAGUCAGUUGUUGGCUGGAUAUACUUUGUUGUGGCGAAUAUAAUUCGUCGCUCGUGACUUGUAUCUUCUAUUGCGAUACAUUCUGUCUCUAUCAUUGUUCUUUAGUGGUUUUUCAAGACUAAACACAUACUUUUCCACCUGAAGCUGCCUGAGUGUUUUUGUGUUUUUAAAUAACGAUCGAUUCGACGAAAGAAACAAUGCAGGCUAACGGUGCUGAAAAUGUCGGUUCUGAAAAUAUAAACGACAAAUCGGGAUGGACAGUUGGAUUGAUAAAUGGGAAGUUCAAAUAUCUUACAGCUGAAACUUUUGGAUUUAAAAUUAAUGCAAAUGGUUCAAGUUUAAAGAAAAAGCAAUUGUGGACUUUAGAAGGUAGUGAACAGCAAGUUUUCCUUCGAUCCCAUCUAGAUCGUUAUUUAGCAGUGGAUCAGUUUGGAAAUGUCACUUGUGAGGCAGAAGAUCCUAGUGAUCCUGGUUGUGCCUUUCAAAUACAACUAGCUUCUGAUGGAAGCGGAAGAUGGGCUCUGAAAAAUAUUCAGAGAGGAUAUUUCCUGGGUUCUAGUCAGGAUGAACUUAAAUGUAUGGCUAAAGCUCCAAGUGAAGCAGAAUAUUGGCUGGUACAUCUUGCUGCUAGACCUCAAGUAAAUUUAAAAUCUGCUGGAAGAAAACGAUUUGCUCAUUUAAGUGCAACGCAAGAUGAAAUUCACGUUGACGCACCAGUCCCAUGGGGAGAAGAUACACUUUUUACUUUAGAAUUUCGUCCUGCUUCGAUAGAAGACGAUGGCGAAGAACAUUCCAAAUUUGAAGGUGGUCAUUAUGCUUUGCAUACUUGUAACAACAAGUAUUUGGCACGUGAUGGAAAACUUUUGGAUUCUUGUACUCGGGAUUGUCUUUAUGCAGCUGAAUUUCAUGCUGGAUUACUUGCACUCCGAGAUUUGUACGGGGCAUAUUUGGCACCUAUCGGAAGUAAGGCAGUUCUUAAAUCAAGAUCAACAACUGUAACUAGAGACGAGUUGUUCUCUUUGGAAGAAUCAUUACCACAAGCGUCUUUUGUUGCUGCUUUAAAUCAACGAUAUGUAUCUGUGAAACAAGGAGUUGAUGUAACAGCUAAUCAGGAUGAAAUUUCUGGACAUGAAACUUUUCAAUUGGAAUUUGAUCGUGUAACUAAAAGAUGGUAUGUACGUACCAUGCAAGAUCGUUAUUGGAGUCUUGAAGCAGGAGGUGGAAUCCAGGCAUCAGAACAUAAGCGUUCGUCUAAUGCUUUGUUUGAUUUGAUUUGGCAAUCGGAGGAUGGUACAGUAGCUUUGCGUGCGAACAACGGCAAAUUUUUAGCAACAAAGCGUUCUGGCCAUCUUUACGCCAACGCAGAUUCUGUAAACGGAUUGGAUUCAGAUGCUAGCAAAUAUUAUUUCUACUUGAUGAACAGACCUGUUUUAGUAUUACGUUGUGAACAAGGAUUUGUUGGACCUAAAAGUGCAGCUAGUUCGAAAUUAGAAUGCAACAAAGCUAUUUAUGAAACUAUCAGAGUAGAAAGAUGUGAACGUGGAAUUGUUAGAUUUAAAGGUCAAAACGGUAAAUACUGGCAUGCAGAUAGCGAAGGAGUAACCGUAGAUUCUGAUAUACCUUCUGAUGGAUUUUAUUUAGAAUUACGAGAACCUUCUCGUAUUUGUAUUAAACAUAAUGAUGGAAGAUAUCUCACUGCAGGAAAAAAUGGAGCAUUGCGUCUUGGAGAAACAGAUUACGAAUCUGCUACAAAGUGGGAAUUUUAAUCAACUAAACAAUGAUAUGUGCUAUGUUCUUUUAAAAUUUUAUACAAUCAGUAUUAAUUUUAUUCAUUUAAAAAGAUUAUAUUUAAUAAAUAUUCAAAUUUUUUAUAAAAAAAAGUUUAGAAAUAUGAACAAUCUAAGCCGAAAACUUUGUUACAAGGUUUAAUAACUUUUAUUUUUUAUGUUUGUACAUUUUGAUACAUUUCUUCUACAUUGAUUCAUAUAUUCAUCUUCAUCUUCAUUUGAGAAAUGAAGAAAAAUUAAAAAGUAACAAGAAUAUACCUUUAAAAGAACAUAGCUAAAAUUCAUUGUCCUUUUUAUAGCUUCGAGUGUAAUCUAAUCUGAUAUUUACAAGUACGGAAAGAGCUCCUAUCGAGUACUUAACUAGAAGUACAUCGUCAAAUGAAUUUUUUACGAUUUUUUAAUAUUUUUAACUACGACUUUUUCUAUUCAUAAAAUACCGUACAAGACUGAUCAUUCGCAUGUUUACAGAAUAAUUAGCGGUUAUUACAUCGUACUUGAAUAA